AAUAGAUUAAAAAUGUGGAUAGGUGUAUGCUAACAUAAAUAUUAUUACUAAAUGGAUAUUUGUAAAGCCCUUCAUCGGUCGACGCCGGUCCCCUCAUUCACGGUUGCCAACGCCCAUAGGCCACUGAGGUUGAGGAAAACGAAUAAUCAUUCACUAAAAAGAUUGGAAGGUUUAAUUUCUUCUAAAUGGCGUCUGAGUUGGUUGUACAUAAUGGUGGAUGUCACUGCAAGAAAGUAAGAUGGCGAGUUGAAGCACCUGCCAGUGUUGUUGCUUGGGAUUGCAACUGUUCUAAUUGCUUCAUGAGGGCCAAUACACAUUUUAUUGUACCUUUGGAACGGUUCAAGCUUUUAGGAGAUUCUAGCAACUUUGUUUCUACCUACACGUUUGGUUCUCACACUGCAAAACAUACCUUCUGCAAAAACUGUGGCAUUACCUCAUUUUACCGUCCACGCUCAAAUCCAGAUGGAGUUGCUAUUACUUUCAAAUGUGUUGAUCCUGGAACGUUGACCCAUGUUGAGGUUAGGCAGUUUGAUGGGAGCAACUGGGAGGCCUCUUAUGAUCACACAGGCAUUGCUUCAUUCUCAAAGUUGAACACAAUUUGCAGUUUUUGCCAAAACCAGACCAGGCUCACCCCCAGAAAGAACAUUAGUUUCUUAGAGAUCAACUAAAUGAACCGAUGAAGUCACAUGUCUAUUAAGGGGUGCUGUUUGAUUAAAGGUACCAUCCCCAGUAGUCCAACCAUUGCUUUCGUUCAUCCAUGGGCAAUAGAGAAGUCUGACUCAAAGGACUGUGCCGGGGCCUUUGAUCUUUCUCUUAGAUCUCGUGCACCGCUAAAUGGCUUUCUUCCUCUUGAUCGUAAACAUGGUCGAGCCUAUAUCUAAGUAAGCAUAUUCACACCUUUCUCUAGUAAGAAGGUCAGCUCUAGAACCGGUGGACCAAUCCUAUCUCUCCAGGAAGUCAGCCUGGAACGGAAAAAAUGCAAAUUAUAGACAGAUGAGUAUGAGAUCUUUCAGUUUCAUAAACUAGAAAAGUUUUACCGCUACGUGGGUCGGGUGGAAUAUCUCUCCUCUUAUUCCGAAAUAGGAUCAGUAUUCUCUAUUUGCCUUGAAAACUUGGAUCUCGCCCGAUACUUUUGUCUCUUGUUUGGUAGGAGUUUUCCUCUUUUGUACUUUCAUUUGCCAUCCUCUUGAUAGGCCAUUUAUAGCCUUUGCAUUGUGUCUUGUAACAAUUAUAUUGCUAGGCAAUAAAAUUGUCAAUUGAGGUAUUCUUGUA